AUGUCAGCGUCGUCUUUCAAGUAUGUGGUUCUUGGGGGUGGUAACUCUAGCGGGUAUGCUGCUCGCGAGUUUGUCCAGCGCGGAAUAGGCAACGGAGAGCUUGCAAUCAUCACUGAGGAGCCGUACGUGGCAUACGAGAGGCCGGCGCUGAGCAAGGCAUACCUCUUCCCGGAAGGUGCUGCACGCUUGCCUGGAUUUUAUGCAACAGUCGGGGGCGGUGGUGAGAAGCAGACCCCGGAGUGGUAUGCGGAGAAGGGCAUUGACUACAAGACAAACACAUCGAUUACUGCAGUUGAUGUGUCAGCCAAGACCCUGACAGCAGCCUCCGGCGACACCAUCUCAUAUGAGAAACUCAUUGUUGCCACUGGCGCUCGUCCAAUCUAUCUGACAGACUUUGGGACAGAGGGUGCGGAUUUGAAGAACAUCUUCUACUUGAGGAAUGUGGUUGAUGCUGACAAGAUCGUGGCCGCCAUCGCUGACGCCAAGACCAAGAGCAACAAGGCAACUAUAGUUGGUGGCGGCUACAUCGGGAUGGAGACAGCGGCGUGCUUGUCCAAGAACGGGCUGGAGGUGACUCUGGUGUUCCCAGAGAAGCACCUGAUGGAGCGCCUGUUCACUGCUGAGAUGGCAGCAUUCUACGAGAAGGUUUACACUGACAAGGGCAUCAAGCUCUUGCCGGGCUCCCUCGCCGCCUCCUUCGAGGGCAAGGACGGCCAUGUGACGACAACGGUGCUGAAAAACGGGGACAAGAUUGAAAGCGACAUAGUGCUGGUGGGGGUGGGCGCGCGGCCCAAUGUGGAGAUGUUCAAGGGGCAGCUGGACCUCCUAGAGGACCGCCCUGGCGGCAUCAAGGUGGACGGCAACCUGCGCACCAGCAACCCGGAUGUGUAUGCUGUGGGUGACAUCGCUGCAUUCCCCCUGAAGAAGUAUGGCAUCACCACCCGCCAGGAGCACGUUGCAAACUGCAGAGCGAGCGCAACGCACGCAGUGGCGUCCAUCAUGGACCCUUCCACUGGGGACUAUGAUUACCUGCCCUACUUCUACUCCAGAAUCUUUGAUUUGUCCUGGCAGUUGUACGGAAUCAAUGAAAUGACGACCCCCACACUAUUCGGCGACACCAGCAGCGGGAAGUUCGGCACCUACUUUGUCAGGGACGGCAAGGUGGUGGGGGCAUUCCUGAAGGGUGGAUCCCCCGAGGAGCAGGAGCUGAUGAAGAAGGUGGCCAUUGAGCAGCCGGCAGCACCCGAGGACCUGGCAGCUCAGGGCAUUGCCUUUGCUUCAAAGCUCUGAGCGCCUCAAAACUUCAAAGCGCCGCCCAUGGAACUAUUAAGUGCUCAGCCUUGAACUGAGGAGAGCAGAAUGCAUGACGAAGCGUGGGCUGUGUCACUGUGUCGAGCAAUGUGAUUGCCUGUGAAGUUCUGGUCACUGUGGUUUGAACAGAAUUCUAGCUGGUCUGGACAGUUCCAUGACCUGCCUGCAUUACCGGCACUAAAGUUCAGGAGGAGCAAGCCUGCUGUCUGUUCGUCCAAGGAGAGCGGCUCCUCUCUGGGCUGUGAACAAUUCUUUAGUACUUUCAAUCAUGGCAGACAGUCUGCACAGAUGCGUCGCCAUCUCAGUGUUCCUGUGGGGUAGCUUGUAUGCAUGCGCUGUGGUUUGCAGCUCGCUGUGUAUGUGUACAUCUUGUAUCUAAACGUAGAAGUGGU